AUGUCUCGACAACCAACAAUGUUUAUAAACGCCACAACAACAGCUCUGGAAGCCUGCAACGGAUCCUCGACACAUUUCCAAUUCCAACCCCCUUCAUCGUUCGAUAUCUUCACGGGUGUCUUAAUGAUACUCAUUAUAAUCACCUCAUUAGCGGGUAAUAUUUUGAUAGUCUACGCCUUUCUAACGAAUCCCAAACUACGGGUGGUGAAUAACUAUUUCAUAAUGAACUUAACUCUGUCAGAUAUCUUAACAGCAAGCAUGGUGAUGCCAUUCGAUGCAGACAUAAAACUGAAUGGAUUAAGCAGCUGGGACUAUGGCGCAAUUAUGUGUAAAGUGUGGACAACAGCUUAUACAAUUUCAGUACCCACUUCAAUAUUAACUCUAUGUACCGUCAGCAUCGAUAGAUAUCAGGCGAUAUCGAAUCCCUUGGGCUACAGAGCGGGCGUGACGUUGAAUAAGACCAAAGCUCUGUGUCUUAUCGGUGGAAUUUGGGCGCUGAGUCUAGUUAUGGCAUUUUUACCGCUGACGAUAGGAUCGCCACUCGAUGUGACACUGUCACGUGAUCUGCCACCCGAUUGCCCGGAUGCUCAUUUCUGCUACUUCGAUAUAUCGCCAAGCUAUUCAGCGGCUGUCACCAUAAUCGCGUUCAUUCUUCCAUCUAUUGCUAUGGCAACGCUAUACGUGAGAAUGUAUAUUAUUAUUACAUACGAGCGGUAUAUUUUCGACGAGAAUAGCGCCGGGAUUCGAGGAAAUAAUAACGAAGUGAAUAAAAUUGGAAACGAGAGAGCAAAAGGGAAGAAAAGAGAGGAAAUUAAAACUGAAUGUGCUAAAAACAAAAGUAAUAAGGCAGAAAUAAAUGGAAGACACCAAGACGAGAAUAAACAAAAAGAAAUUAAUUAUACACAAUGGAAUUUGGGCAAAAUGAAAAGCGGAUCACUUCAAAAUGAUCACAGAAGAAUGAAAACCAAUGAAAAUACAACAGAUUGCGAUAAAGCGGGAAGGAACAUAGCCGAAAUUCAUCAAAAUGAUCAGACAAGGUUGAAAACCAAUGAAAAUACAACGAAACGCGAUAAAGCGGGAGGGAACAUAGCCGAAAUUCAUCAAAAUGGGAUGAAAAAUCAGGCACCUAAAAUUCAAUGCGUGGAAAAACGAACUAGCCAAAAUAUUCGAGAUGUACAUAGCUGUGAUAAAACUGGACGUAACAUGGCCGAAAUUGAUCGGGAAGUAAAUGAAAAGAACGAAAACGAUGAAACAGGCUGUUCUAAACACGAAAUGCAUCCGGAUACAAGCAAUAACAAUGUGAAUACAAGGCUAAACACAAAUAAUGCAACUGCCGGUAACAUCAUUGAAAGGAACAAACGGGAAAAGGAAACAAGAUGUGACGAGCAUAGAAAUAGCAAAAACAACUCAAAUAACAAUGAAAGCAACAGAAAUCAGAGCCAUCCUUCCGCUAGAAACAGCAACGUUCAUUCGCCAUCGCAUCACGCUCUGUACCAAACCAAAGUGGCACGACAUUUUUCUGUCAUAGUGCUGGUACAACUCGUCUGUUGGUAUCCUUAUAGCGUCGCAAGUUUAGUCUAUAACCUCUGUGGUAGCUGUGAUCAAAUCAGUUCGUCAGCUCACUAUUUUUUGCUGACAAUUGGGUAUAUGAGCUGUGCAAUCAAUCCUUAUCUGUACGCUUAUCAACAGCGAUCGUUCCGACAAGUUUUUGCCCGAAUGCUUGGCAUGAAAAGUUAA